CGUCUAUCUCGGACAACGGUCCCAGCAAUGCCGUGCAGACCGUAGCCCAUCAUGCUUCCGUUGAGGACACAGCGUCCGGUGCCCAGUACCGUGUGACGACCGAGGGUAAUGACGUCACGAGCGAAGGACUCAAGACGUCCGCGAACCGCCUACGCGUGUCAUUUCUCGUGGACGACGAUGGUCACGACUGGGUCGACGUCCAGAAAGCCUAUGUGAAGGAAAAGACCGGCCGUGACGGGCUAAGCAAGGCCCAAGACGCUCCUGACGGCCCGCUGGUGUCUACGAUCGGUGGCGAGAUCGCCGAAGCCGUGGCUGCUGCCGCGACCGCUCCCAACGCUCGUCGCUCGUCAAGAAGUCAAAGUGUCUCUCGCGAAGAUAGCUACACACAGCUCCAACACGACAGCGCGGGCCGCACCAACGACGACACUCGUAAUCGACAAGACGAGCGCGUCAUCAUGAAUGCCGUUGGUAGCGCGGACGCCGAUAUCGACGAGUAUAGUCGGCAGAGUCCGUACAAGCAACAGGUCCCAGCGUACUACCGCGCAGCUUCCUCGUCGUUGACAUCGACCAACCGCGGCUACGGUGUCGAUACGGACGUCGCCGACGGCGAUCAGCCCAUCCGACGCAUGCCGACGGCGUCAGUGCCAUCGACGUCCAAAGUUAUCUCUCCACGCCGUAGCGCCAACGUGAAAUCAAGUCUCGUCACAGGCACCCUCGCCCAAGCGUAUGGCGCCGUGGAUGCUACUGUCGCUGCGUCGGUGGCGCUAUCGUGGCCUUCGGCGAAGGAUUUAGUCUCUAGCCGCCGCUUCAUUGCAGAUCACGGCGAGGCUUGGUCGGGCACUCGUGAUGCGUCGCAUGAGCCGCUUUGGUCGUCGAACGUUGUGGACGAUGCGGAUGCCAACCGCAGCGGGCGAUCGUCGUCCCGCGCUCUGCUUCUUUCUCAUUCCUCCCGGCGGCUUCGCGACGGGUCUUCCACGUCUUUGCGUUCGCUGCCGUCGUCCAGCGCCGGUGGCGGCUACGGCGCCAUCGUCGAGCUAUCGUCGCUCCUCCACAACGACGCCAACGAGACCAAUGACGCGCUCGAUACAGGCGACGUCGGCACCAAAGGGCGCGAGUGGUGUUGCUUUCUCUGCUCGAUGCUGCUGCACUCGAUGCAGCUUGUAUCUGCGCAGUUGACGGCCGACACGGAGCUCAUGUUCCUCGGUCAUCUCGGGACGCGGCAGCUCGCGGGCGCCGGUCUUGCGCGCUUUUGGAUCUACGUGCCGCUGUCGUUCCUGCUCUCGGGCGUCGGUGGCUGGCGCCUCUUGUUUGCCAAAGGGUUUUGGCUUCAGUCGGCGCUCGUCGUAGCGCUCCUGGCGACGCCGCUCCUCACAUGCUACUACUUUCACGUCGACUUUUUCGUUGGCGGCACGAUGCUGCACCCGAUCACGCGCGCAUUUGCCAAGCAGUACGCGACGCUCAUCUCGCCAAGUAUCCUCCCGCUUCUGGCGUCGACCGUGCUCAUGCAGUAUCUCAUCGCGCGACGGGUCGUCGUACCGGUCGCCGUCAUGGCGACGCUGGCGUGUGCAACAACGAUCGCACUGCACUUUUUACUCGUCUUUGGCUACCAGAAAUGGCCCGGGUUUGGCUUUGACGGGUCGCCGUACGCAACGAUGGCCGCGCUCGUGCUGCUACUGCUACUGCGUGUCGCCUACGGCGGGUGCUGCGUCGGGUUUGGCGGCCUCGCAUGGCGCCGGUCCAACUACAGCCUUGGCCGACUUCGGGUCCUCUGGGUGAUGGCCGUGCCCGCGGGGAUCCCGUCGUGCCUGCAGAGUGUCGUACUGACCAUUUUUGGCGCCGCAUCGGCGUACACCCCAGCGACCUCUACCCGACGCUUGGACGAAGGCGAUGUGAUGGACGCUGGGUCGCAGCAGGCGGCGGCAUGGGUCGUCACGGUCUGCUUCUUCCUGCUCGUGCUUGCGUUUCUGCGGGGCGCGGCGGCGACAACGGCCGAGCGCAUGCAGCUGCACUUGCGCCGACAGGAUGUCGCGCGCGCCCGGCACGUGCUCUUUGUCGGUGCGGUGUAUGGCGGCGCGCUCGGGUGCCUCUUUGCCACGAUCGUCUUCAAGUACGGAGCACCGCUUUUGAGCUUGUGGACGGCCGACGCCAUUGUCCAUCAGUUCUGCGUCGACGCGCUUCCGUACCUAGCCGCGUGCAUGGCGCUAAGCAGUGUCCGUCUCGUCUUUGCCGCCGGCCUCACCACGCUGGAGAAGACCACGAUGCUUCCAUUCGCUGCCAACGUGGAUACGUGGCUGAUUCAAGUCCCGCUCGGUCUCGGGCUUGGCAUUGGGCUGCAACUGGGCGUCCUCGGUCUCUGGGUCGCACGUCUCACUGGCGAGCUCGUGCACACGAUGCUGUUGCUGUAUGCGCUCAUGCUUGAUGCAAAUGCAGCGACGGACGAAGCCGCGACACCACUUCUGGGCGCCACAGCGUCAGCAGAGCUUGACAAGACGACGUCGGACGAGGCGAGUAGCGACAACGUUGUCACUGUGCUGGUACCUACCACUGGAGCGCGCGACCGAUCAUUACGAGUGGCACCAACGCCAGUGGCCAAUGUCGGUGUCACUCGAAUCGAUAAAGACGAUGUGGCAACUGCGGAGGUCCAUCUGGAGGCGGCACCGGUGCACAGUCCUCUCGGUAACGAUACGCCGCUGCCGUGGGUGCGUCGACGGAGCUCCGACGGCAGUGCGACGUGGGUCGUGGCCGACGACAACGCCGCGUUGUCCCCGAUUUCCGAAGAAGACGCCGCCAUCGCAGUGGUCGAGCGACUGUCGCGCCGUGCUUCGCUCGUGUCGAGCUCCAGCGAUGCGCCGACAACGACGGUUGCGUCGACGCCAUCGGCCAUUCAGUGGGUUCGUCAAGAAAGCACCGUCGGUGCUGUGCAGUGGGUCGAAGAAGAAGCUAUCCACGACUUGUCGGCCAGUAGUCCGUCGACGCAAGACGAGCUCCUAUGGAGAAGCUCCGAUGUCUCGUCGUCCGAGGAGGCCACGCCGCGGGGCAGAAGCCAUAGCCUCGGCGACAUGGACGCUAUCAAUCGCGACGUCUCCAGUAGCCACGGCAACAUAUGCAGUGCUUUGAUCAAGCAGGAACAAGACUACAUUGACAACGCCGUCUCGACCAACCAAGACCGCUCGCCCCAACGACACGACGACGCGCUGCCGCCUCUGCUUUCGGCGUCUGUGCCACCCCAAAAUCGUGGCACCAGAUUUGAGGAGGCUUGUGGGAUUGCAAGCGACCUCACGGAUAGAAAUGGCAACGACGAAAUCGAGAACCACGACGCCAUUGCCGGUAGCCCCGACGCCUCCCUUCGUGGCAACGCUGAGCCCGUUCGCAGCCAUGGUGACUCGAACAAGAGCCAAGCUGCGUCCUCUCAGAGUAGCUUUCUCGCAAGCCUACCGGGCACGCCUGCUCCACGUGCUUUGGCGCCCGCAACGACAAGAACGCCCGAGCUGUCGACCAGCGCAAGCGACGACUGGAUCAUCGCGAUGCCAGCGACUGACGUCGACAGUCACGCCGCUGUGGCGCCAAAGUCUACAACGGCAGCAACGACGACGAGCGACCAGCGCAUCGACAGCCGUCCACAGAGUGCUGCCGUCCAAGGACACCCAGUAUCAACGGCGCUCGACGCUCAAGACAUCGAGUCGACGCCACCAAGAAGCCGAACGGACCACGAUGCAGCCAACAGCUACGUCAUCACUAUUGCGCCUGAGGUCACGCGCGACCUUUCGUCUACUGCAGACGCCGGUGAGCAGGUUCAGCGAUCAGCGUCGGCAGUCCAAGGCGUCAACUUCGACAAGGCAUCGGCGACCUUGGUGGCACCGAGACCAUUGUCCACGAUGGCAAAGGAGCCCCACGCGGAACAUAUGCGGUUGCCAGCCGCCAUGGUCGGUCCCGCGUUGCUCGACAAAUCCGACACAGCAACCACCGUCUACAGCAGUCGUCUAGCGACAGCCUUGAUGACGGCGCCAGCUACCACGGCAGUACCACCGAGUCAAGGAUCCUGGACGCCAACACCAGUGUCCCCCGUCGCUUUGACGUUCGCCGAGCCGUGGUCGGCGAGUAUGGCUGAGGAAGCUUUCGCCAAGCGUGUGCUGCACCCAACAUCACCAUACGCACAGAACAGCGCAGCGUCUGGUGCCAACCUGGCCCCUGACCUUGCUCGAGCGCUGGGCAACGCCACUGACGAAGCGGCGGUAUCUGCCGAAGAGACCACCCGGCGUCGCCAUCGCUCCAAGAAGAAGAAGCGGGGUACCAUUGGCACCGACACCGACGCUGCAGAGGACGCCUCAUCUCCAGUGCACGCGCCGGACCGCGGAGGUAACGCCCCGGCUGGCCCGUCAGAGAGGCAACAGACGGUCGCGGCAUCUGCGACUGGCCACAUUGAUGCUGGUCCUGCAGUGGACCACGAUAGCAUCGGUGACAUGGAGUUGUCGACGUUGGUGUCGGCGGCUGCGGCGCCACCGAAGGUCGAGCGUCCACUCACGGUUCACGCACCACCAAAGGCAACCGAGAGUCCUUCCCUUCAGUACGGGAAGCGCUCGAAAAAGCUGCGGGCGCGCCAGGAACGCAAGCACCACAGCGCUGUUGCGCCCGCAAUCGCGCGACCGCCGGCGCCACAAAUGCAAGUCGCGAUGAAGGACGAGCUCUUGCUGCUCUGCUUUCAGAUUGAGCUUCUCAAGCAUCUGCAGGCCGCGUAGCUUUGUCAACGUCAUACAACACUAACGUGCGAAUGUAAAUGUUUGUACACGCUGCUA